AUGUCGGGGGUCGGGGGUGUGAUGUUGGUUAACCGAGAAGCCCAGCAGACGAUGCACAGACUGGCAGCAGAUUCGGCCUUGACUCUGGGUUUGGACUUGGAUUUGAGAACUGGUUUUGGUCCUGCUUGGUCCCGGGUUUGGGUUGGCGCAGGUGGCAGCAGUGGCAGCAGUUGCAGCAGUUGCAGCAGCUUGAUGUUCGCAAUUCGACGAAGACAGGGUCUGAGUCCAGAGUUUCCAUCCCCAGCCAGCCAGCGAGAACAACAAUCACCACGGAGGGAUGCGUGA